AAAAGGCUCAGAUUGAAACGUUGUUAUGAAAAUGCCGUAAAUUUAAAUGAAUGUGUAUGCUAUCUUGUGAUUGAAAACUUCUUUUUUGUCUAAAGGCCUUGAAAUAUUUUGGUCAGCCCCUAAACCGACUGAUGAUCCCUUCACUAUCACUCUGAGACCGUCAGGGAAGAGAGCCCAUCAGAAUAAAGAAGCAUUGUGGAUAAAUUGACAAACAAAAAGAACUUUAUAUUGGAAACUUUUAUUUUAAAUUUUGGAAAUACUCCAAAAUUCGUUAAAAUACAAUGAGAACUCAAGCCAAUGAUAAAAAUCAAACAAAAAUUGAAUUAACUGUUAUCUCAAAAUUGUAGUUAUAAUAUAAUUACUUUUGAUGACAAAAACUUAAAAAUGACUAUUUGGAAAAAAAUUGCUCAAUUGACAAACCAAAAAAUAACUUUAUAUUGGAGAUCUUUAUUUAAAUCUUGAAAAUACUCCUAAAUUUGUUAAAAUAUAAUGAGAGAACUCAAGUCAGUGAUAAAAAUCAAAUAUUGAAUUUGAUUUAAUAUCAUCUCAAAAUGAAUUUUUAGAAUAUGUUCAAUUUGCUAAACAUAAACAAAAAUUAUAGAUUCCUUAAAAUAUGACGCAAUAAUAUCGUCACACAUACUCUCUCUGUCUGUGUUCAUACUUCAUCCAUUGAGACAAGAGAUGAAGAAGAAGAAGACACAGAGGUAAGUAAACACAAUGUCUCUAAUCCGAAACCCUAGAUCACCCACCUCUCUUCUCAACUGGGUCUCCCACAAAGUCUCCACCUUUAAAAAACCCCAACCUCCCAUAAACCCUAGAAGAUCUCUCUCCUCCACCACCACCUCGAAACUCCCCAGAAACGAGAUUCGCAGACUAACCCAACUCGCCAUGUUCGACUACUUCUACAACAACAGAGGCCUCCAGUUCCUAAUCGCCGAGAGCAUGAGCAAAAACGCUCCUUUAUUCAACGACACCCUCCUCAACAAGCUGCACAACGAUUCUGCUUCUUGUGGUGAUGACGUCAUCAGAUCCAUCACUAAGUUCCUUCUUUACCACCCUGUGAACGAGUUCGAGCCUUUCUUCGAGAGCUUAGGUUUAAAACCCUCUGAGUUUAGCCCUCUCGUGCCUUGUGAUAAGAUGUUUUUGAACGAAGAUGUGUUCUUGUUGGAGAACUAUCAUGUCUUUUGGAACUAUGGGAUUGGUCGGGAGAAGAUGGGGAAGAUCUUUAAGGAAGCUAGGGAGGUGUUUGGUUACGAGAGUGGUGUCUUAGCUUCAAAGAUUGAAUCUUUAGAGCGUUUGGGGUUUGGGAAGGUGUUUGUCUCCAAGCUCAUCGUUUGUACCCCGAGGGUGCUGACUGGUGAGACGAUAUUAGAAAUGGUCAGCGUUGUAGACACUGUUGGUUCGGAUUGGGUGUUGGAGAAUUUAUCAGAGGGAGGCUCUUAUGACUGGAGAUGCAUCCAUAGGUGUUUAGCCUUUCUUAGAGAGUUAUGUGGAGGAGACGAGAGUGAGGUACUAGAGUUAAUCAAGAACCGGCCGGGGUUGGUUCUGGAGGAGUCUGGAGAGUGGACAAUGAUCUUAGCUGGGUUUCAGACAAAGCUAGGUUGUUCCAGAAGUGAGUUGGUUAUGAGACUCCCUCCCCAGAGUAGUCAGGAGGUAGGGAAGUGUGUUUCGAAUCUACGGCAUUGCUUUUUGUUCCUGAGAGGUAUCAAGAUGGAGGCUUAUGAGAUAGGCAAGGUGUUUCGUAACCACUCUCACUGGCUUGGAGAGUCUCGUUUGAAGCACACUAGUACCUUUCUUAAUAAUCUGAAAGGCGGGAAGAAGCGGCUUUGUCAGGUGAUUCAGGAGAAUCCGGAGGAGAUGAAGAAAUGGACUAUGGGGUUGAGAGUAACUCCUUUGCCUGGUACUAGUGUGGUGGACGUAGUCGGCUCCAAAGCGAUGAAGACUCAGUUUUUGUUGGAGCUCGGAUACGAGGAGAAGGAGAUGGAGAGAGCGCUCAGGUGUUUUCGAGGGAGAGGGUCUGAGCUCAGAGAGAGGUUUGAGUUUCUUAAGAGUUUGGGGUUGAGUGAAGGGGAGGCUAAGGAGAUGGUGAAGGCGUCUCCUGAUGUGCUGACACAGGCGAGCAAUGUGUUGGAAGCAAAGGUUGAUUACCUUGUGAAUGAGUUGGGGUACCCGCUCUCGACUCUUGUGGCUUUUCCUUCGUGUCUUAAGUACACGCUUGAAAGGAUGAAGGUAAGGUUUGCAAUGUAUAAUUGGUUGCAAGAGAGAGGGAAGGCGGAUGCGAAGCUGGCGAUAAGUACUAUACUUGUGUACUCUGAUAAGUCGUUUGUGACGAGGUUUGUGAACCGUCACCCUGAUGGUGCUAAGUAUUUUGAGGAGUUGAAGAGAACUGCUUCUUUGUGAGUAUAUAGAAGAAGAAAGUUUAUCAAGAUGUGGUUUCUUACAUUUGAUGAAUGACAAUUUUGUGGACCAGUAACUUCAAAAUCUCUCUGUAAUGAUUUGCUAUGUAAUGUUUCCACAAGCUCAAUAGCAAUUUUGGAUCAAAUUAAAAUUGUUACUAUAAUUAGCCAAGGGUUCCA